UGACGAAGCAGGCGUUUGGGCAUGUGGCCUGUGAACAAGAAUUUCUCUACCGCCACGCCUACAGUUCACUGUCAUUCACUCCUUCACUUCUUCACGCAUCUUCGAUUUUCGAACCGUGGAUUAGGUACAGAGGGUUGCCCCGCUCAAGCAUGACAGCGCUGGUGCAUCGAUAGUUCUCUUAGCACCUUGCAUUUCGAACACUCCGGAUCUAGCGCUUUCUACUUGUGCCAGGCGGUCUCGUCCACAUAGCACCCCUCCAUGUUCUUUCUUUCGUCACACUCUACAACCAAGAUGGCUGCAAGGUUCUUCUCGUGGUUACCUUCCGUUCCCUAUCCGCCAGCUCAGGAUGGACGCUGGUCGCCCGUCACGUCUACACUAAACUGGUGCGAAGAGGACUACUACUUAACCAUAUACUCUGCGGAGAUCGUGAACACGCUCACUAACCUUCUUUUCGUGUAUCUCGCCGCUAAGGGCAUCCACAUGUGCUUAACCAACGGACACGACACAGUUUUCCUCGUGGCUUACGUCGGCUACUUGCUUGUGGGCAGCGGGAGCUUUCUUUUCCAUGCAACUCUCAAAUAUCCCAUGCAACUCGUCGACGAACUUUCGAUGAUUUACACCACCUGCCUCAUGGUGUAUGCCACCUUUUCCUACAACAAAACCAGGAAAUACCGCACCAUACUCGCCAUAUUAUUGGUGUCUCUGGCACUCUUCAUCACGCUGUACUAUCAUUAUCUCCAGGAUCCCACGUUUCAUCAGACUGUGUACGCCCUUCUGACGGUUAUCGUGUUCUUCCGGGCCGUAUAUGUCAUGGAGGUCAACAUCCGGCCCAGGUUGCGUUCGAAGGAGAGAGAAGCAGCCAACCCACACUCAAACGGAGGAGUAAAGUCUGUGCAACGGAGGGAGGAUUCGAGAGAUCGGGAGAUCCUACGACAGAUGUGGAUGAUGAUCGCAUGUGGCUUGGGUAUUUUCCUCGGCGGUUUCUGGCUUUGGCACCUGGACAACGUACACUGCACGACUCUGAGGAGAUGGAGACGGCAGAUUGGGAUGCCAUGGGGAUUCUUCCUUGAGGGCCACGGCUGGUGGCAUCUGAUGACAGGUAUUGGGGCGUACUUCUACAUCGUGUGGGGCAUUUGGCUCCGACACUGCUUGAAUUACAAGCAGGAGGACUACGAGUUGGUUUGGCCUCGGAUGACUACGGUGCCGGUGGUGGUCAAGCGCAACCGGCACGCCAAUAGCUACGCCAAUGGCCAUGCCAACGGACACGCGAACGGUUCGGCGAAGAAGGGACUGUGAUUGAUGCUGCCUGCAGCGGUCGAGCGGGAGAUGGUUGUGCGCCAGCUUUUCGUCGCGAUACCCCAGGGGUUUGCCAGGCGAUAGAGAUAGAGCUUCCGUGCCAGAGAUUUACGCAUAGCCCAGCAAGGUCUGAUAGAACUCUGUCGAUAUUUA